AUGUACUCUAAAUAUAUUUUUGUGAUUGCAAGUUGUGUGUUCGCUGGUGCUAAUGCGAGGCCGAACGAUAUCGCUCCUGAAAAGCUUCAACCGACAGUAAUACCUAUUGUUUCACAGUCCGAAGAAUUCGAGCCAAACGGCACUUACAAGUUCAGUUACGAGACUGGAAACGGUAUCAAACGUGAAGAAACAGCAUACCAAAAAAUUCUCCCUAAAGGCCGUGGUGCUAGCAGCAGUGAAGGUGGUGAUUCUAAUGAAAGCGAUGAAAUACACGUACAAGAAGGCUCAUUUUCCUAUACCGCACCUGAUGGAACUGUCAUUACUUUAAGAUAUAUCGCUGAUGAAAAUGGAUUCCAACCGAUAGGCGAUCAUCUCCCAAAAGCACCAAAACUACAAACAGCUUUAUCAAAUUCAGCCGAAAAAUCUGGUCGUGCUUUAAAAGUUGCUGACACCGAGGAGUCAGCUUCAGUGCCAGUAAAAGCCAAAACAGUUGAGAAACAGGCAGAAGUAGUACCUUCACCAGAAGAAAUUAAAACUGCGCCAUUGCCACAAGAAUCUAAUAUUUCAUCAUCUGAAGGUGAUAAAUCGCCUGCAAAAUCCGAAGACAACGGAUCAGCAAAUGUAGAUGUGAGUAGCGAAAUAGCUUCCACGACAGUUCCUGUUCAGCCAACUACCAAAUCUGAACAGGCUUCCACCGCUUCGGUAGAACAGGCUACCAGUGCACCAGAACAAUUAGUUUCAGCUGAAGUUUCUGAAUCAUCAUCUUCUACUUCAGCUCCUGAGGAAUCGAGUCCAUCUGAAACCGUCGGACAAUCAGCUUUUAAUGAAUCAAUUAACCAAUCUCCUUCAGAAGAAAUUCAGCAACAAUCCACAACUGCCCCUGAACCUGCUUCGGUUGAAGAAUCAAGCUCUACAACCAUCUCAACUUAAGAAAUCGUUUCAGAAAUUGACUACGUUGGACAACAUAAUAAUCAUUUAAGUAACAGUUCCUGCAUAAAAUCUAUGUUUUUUAUUUAAUUUUUACGGGUCAUAUAAUAUUGGUAUAUCAUCUACUAUUUUAAAUUCUGAAAGCUUAUGUGAAAAUAUAAAAUAACAUUAUCGAAAUUCUAGAUAAGUUUGAUAUUUCGUGUAAAUAAAAUAAAUGACCACUUGUAAUAUUCUUUUUUACUGAAUAUAUCUCGAAAAAUAAAGUGACGUCACUCUAAAAUCAAUAUGGUGACUUUUAACGAUGGUA